AAAAGAAGCUGUAAAACAUUGUAUGGCACUAAUUGUGAAAGAUUGGCCUGAAAUCAAUGCAUUAGAUUGGGAGACAAUGAGCGAGUUAUGCACAGUUUUACAACCUUUUGAAGAGAUCAUUAUGUUUUAAAAAUGAACAAGAUCGAUUAAAUUAAUUUCGAUGGAUUUUUAGGACUUAAAAUUUUUCUCACGCAGUUAUUUUUUUUUUUUUUCAGAAAUUAGGAAAUCUUUCAACAUGGCACCCCCAAAAAAAAGUAUUGUUUGGAAAUAUUACGACAAAAAUGAUGACAAAUCUAUCAGAUGCAAGUUAUGUCAAAAAAAUGUUAAAACGGCUGGCAAUACCUCAAAUGCGAAGGCACAUAUCAAAAAUAUUCAUAAAGCGCUCUACUUGGAAGUUUUCAAAAGUAACAAUAGUGCUGCUGCUGUUAUAAAAGAUUAUAUCUCAGAUUUGUCCAACCCCAUUCCUAGUACUUCAAAACAAGAUAUUUUCACGAUAUCGGAAUCUACCGUCAACGAACAUCAACUAUUGCCUUCAACCUCUACAUCAUCGUCAAUGGAUUCUUCGUCGUCGCCAAUGGAUAGUAGCGAGAUAAGUACAAACAAUUCUCAACCUGAUCAAAAGAUAGAUUAUGAUAAAGCAUUGCCUUUUAAACGCCAAAAAUCAAUUGAAAGUAGUUUUGGAGAAAUAUAUGCGUAUACCUCUACUGGUGACAAAACUAAAGGAAUUAACAAUGUCAUAAUGUUCAUGAUCUGUAAAGACAAUCAACCUCAGGGGGAUGAAACUCUCCUACAAAAUCGAAACUCGAAAAGUAGUCUAAGAAACUAGCGCCAUCUAGUAUGCGAGGGACGUCAUUUUUCUUCAUUAUUGACUAAAAUAACACUAGAGGGCAGGAGCUUCAGCUAGGUUUAUGCUCAAAGCAAAGUUUUUGAAGUAUAAUUAUUCAGAUAUUUAUAUUACUUUUUCUAUUAUGUUAUAAAAAUACAUAAUUAAUAUUUUAUGUGAAUUUUUUAAAUGUUGAUUUUUCAAUCGUCAUUUUCACUGCGGCAACAUCCGGAAAAAUCUGUUACCUGUCACCCAUAUUUGAAUCACUUUGUUCGUUUUGUUCGUUUUGCGUUUACUGUUUUUGUGAUAUAUUUUUUAUACCGACUUGGCUUGUUUACGGAUUCUGAUUUUCCUGAGUGCAACGUAUUACCUGGCUUGUUAUUUGGACCCCGAACUGAUAGCGUAUAUGAUAACUUGGCUUCUUCACAUUGACUUCGAUUUUAAAACUUUUACGAUUUUGGAUUUUGAAAAUGCCGAAAGCAUCUGCAUUAAAAUGUUAUUUUGGAUGUAUUAUCGAUGGACCGCUACACCGAUUCCCGAAAUGGGAAUAUCCUUACACGGAGAGGUUUAAUCAGUGGAAGUCUGUACUCAGCCUCGCAACCCAAGAGAGAGGAAAUAAUUACAUAUAUAAUUCUGUUCGCAUAUGCCACAGACACUUUGAAGAAUAUUAUAAAUCACCGAGUAAACUUUUGACCAGAAAUGCAAUACCUACAUUGAAUUUGGACUCGACACAAAAUCCACAAAUAAAUAUGCCAUUGACACAAAGUCCACAAAUGACUAUGCCAUUGGCUGAGCAAUAUCUUGUUGGAGAUGAACCAGCAUCAGCAUCAAUUUUAUCAAGAGCCACUGAAAAAUGCUUUAAGAAGCGAGAAUCAAGUGCAAUCAAAAAGCUCACGCGAAAACUGCAUGAAAUGCGCCAAAAGUGCAAAAUGCAAUAAAAAAAAAUUCGCUUUGCGAAAAAAUUGACUUUGUCAAAAUCAUUUCUUACAACUAUAGAGAAAUUACCUGAUGCAGCACA